AAAAAUACCAUGAAGAAGACGAAUCAUGCUAACCAUGGAGAACUACGGUCCAACCUCCUUCAAUCAUACAACAGUACAAACCAAGCAGGCGUCACAUAUAUUGCUAGCUAGCUAGUACAUAUAUAUAUAACCAUUUUCCCCCCACCAUGAAUGAGAUCCCCCAACAAACCUUAACUCACACCAUUACAAUUUACAAGCCCCUUCAUUUAGGUCCUCUCUCCCCCUCCCUUCUUCCUAUCUCUUCAAACCCAACUCCCUUUCCCCGCCGGCCGCCAUGGGAGGAGAACAAAAGCUGACGAUGAUGGCGAUCAAGGUCGAUCUGGACUGCUACAAGUGCCGCAAGAAGAUCAAGAAGGUCCUCUGCAGGAUCCCUCAGAUUCAGAAUCAAGUGUACGACGAGAAGGCGAACGUGGUGAUAAUCACGGUGCUGUGCUGCAGCCCGGAGAAAGUGAUGGAGAAGAUUUGUUGCAAAGGCGGCGAGUCGGUGAAGGGAAUCGAGAUCGUCAAACCCCCACCGCCGAAGCCGAAGGAGCCGGAAAAGCCCAAGGAGAAGCCCAAAGAGCCGGAAAAGCCCAAGGAGAAGCCGAAGGAGCCGGCAAAGCCGGCGGGGCCUCCACCGGCCACCGCAAAGCCAGCUCCAGCACCGGCGAAGCCGAAGGAAAACAACGAUAAACCGCCCAAACAGACCGAACCGGCUCCGAAGCCGCAACCAAAACCAGCCCCUCCGUCGCAGACCGAGAUUCCGAUCGGAUUUCCGCCGCCGGCACCGGGGCCGACGCGGACCUGCUGCAGGGAGUGCUACGAAGGUUGGGGCGUGGGGCCCUGCCACAGCAUGCUGGGCCCGCCGCCGUGCUACGACGGGUACGGCCGGCCGGUGUACGACAACUGGGGCGGCGGCGGGUGCAGGGGUGGAGGGUACUACGGCAGCAGAGGCGAGUGCUUUAGCGACGACAAUACAUCGGGCUGCGUCGUCAUGUAA